GCAUCAUCAUCAUCAUCAUCAUCACUACCAUCAAUGGUUGGUGGGCCGCCCAAAGCCAAGAAAUCUAAACCCAACAACGCCAAGCCGGUGGACAGGGAACCCCUGAUCUACCACAUGGACUCUGGGGCGCAUCGCUACGGCAACGAACAGGACUUGCCAGACGAGUUCUUUGAGGUGACUGUGGACGACAUCCGCAAACGCUUCGCUCAGCUGAAGAGUGAGAGGAGGGUACUAGAGGAGGCUCCUCUGAUGACUAAAGCUCUGAGAGAAUCUCAGAUGAAGGAUAAGAUGGACAGAUACCCCCGAGUAGUUCUGAGGGUCCAGUUCCCUGACAGAUGUGUUCUACAGGGAUUCUUCAGACCUCUAGAGACAG